AUGAUCCAACAGGUGCUAUUUUUCCUAUUUUCAUCUUUUAUCCAUGUUUAUGCUGGAUACCAACAAAAUUACAAUAAUUUCAAUAAUUACUACAAUGGAGGAUAUGGUGGUAGUGCAGUUUCCAGUGCUUAUGUUACACAGUAUACACCAUCUUACUCAAAUUACCCUCUUAGAUUUAAUGGACAUAAUCAUGAAGCUCCGACAUAUCAAAAUACUCAUGUAGAGCACCAUCAGGUUGCUCUUGGAUAUCAACCUGGAUACCAAUCAUACCCACCUAAUUAUCAAUCGGCAUAUCCACAGAUUAACCAUGGAUAUGGUAACCAAGAAUUUCAUGGAUAUAAUCCUGGUCAUAAAAAUUAUCAUUAUCCUGACACUCCAGCCAAAUAUCAAUUUAAAUACGGGGUUGAAGACCCUCUAACUGGCGACAAAAAAGCCCAUCACGAAGUAAGGGAUGGUGAUGUAGUGAAAGGAUCAUAUUCUCUAGUUGAAGCUGAUGGCUCCGUAAGAACCGUGGAAUAUACUGCCCAUCCUCAUCAUGGUUUUAGUGCUGUCGUACAUAAAUCUGGGCAAGAAUCUGUUGCAUUUGGAAAACAUCACUAUUAA